AUACUUGGUUAUGCAACGUGCAGUCACAUGGUCUUUUUUCAGCAUUGAAAACAUCAUCAUUUGUUCCAGAUAAAUAGACCCGAAAAAAAUGGCAACAAACUCAUCCGAUAUCGAAAUCAAAACGUUCAAAGAUUUUUUUCUUAAUUAUAACAAAUUGGCUGAAAUGUGUUUCAUGGACUGUAUACAUGAUUUUACAUUUCGUGAAGUAUCGAAACGUGAAGAACAAUGUGCAGAAAAUUGUUUUGAUAAAUUUGUCAAAUUAAACAAUCGUAUUAGUCAACGAUUCCAGGAGAUACAAUUUGCUCAACAUGAAAACAUAUCUGCUUCUGUACCGAAAUAGCUAUGAAAGUUAUACUGGCCUUUUUAGAUCGUUUCCAAAUUCAUUAAGAUGAGAUGACCAUCAUUGUAUCAUUAACGUCUUGCCCAGUUUUGUAA